AUGGUUAACCAAACUGGCAAAGAGUUGGUUUGUUGUAUUUCCUUAACACCCUGUACAUGGUUCGAGCGGAUCAGCAUGCUAGUGAUACUUCUCAACUGCGUCACAUUGGGCAUGUACCAACCCUGUGUGGACUUCGAGUGUGUCACCAACCGCUGCAAAAUACUGCAGAUGUUCGAUGACUUCAUCUUCGCCUUCUUUGCUCUGGAGAUGUCCAUCAAGAUGAUAGCUAUGGGAGUUUAUGGGAAAGGCACGUAUCUCGCAGACUCAUGGAAUCGACUUGAUUUCUUCAUUGUGUUAGCCGGGAUGCUCGAGUACUGUUUGAAUGUGGAGAACAUUAACCUGACAGCCAUCAGAACUAUUCGAGUACUAAGACCACUACGAGCCAUCAACAGAAUACCGAGUAUGCGGAUCCUAGUCAUGCUCCUUCUAGACACCCUGCCUAUGCUGGGUAACGUCCUUCUUCUUUGUUUCUUCGUUUUCUUCAUUUUCGGAAUCAUCGGGGUCCAGCUUUGGGAAGGUAUUCUUCGACAACGUUGUUUCCUAAAGCCAAUUCCCAACGUCACAUAUCCUAAGCCGCUGGCGGCGUACUACCAGUACCAAGAGCAAGACCGGGACUACAUAUGUUCCAAGCCGGAAGACAACGGGAUGCACAGAUGCAGCGAUCUGCCACCAUACAAACACGGGGAACUACUGUGUAACGAUACGGCUCUUCCAUGGAGCAACAACAUCCCUACCAACAAGUCCUGUGUCAACUGGAACUAUUAUUACACCGAGUGUAAACCUCAAGGCGACAACCCUUUCCAGGGGACCAUCUCCUUUGACAACAUCGGGUUGGCGUGGGUCGCUAUAUUCUUGGUGAUCAGCUUGGAAGGUUGGAGUGACAUCAUGUAUUACGUCCAGGACGCCCACUCCUUCUGGGACUGGAUCUACUUUGUACUCCUUAUUGUUAUUGGGUCUUUCUUCAUGAUAAAUCUGUGCCUUGUCGUCAUCGCUACUCAGUUCUCCGAGACGAAGAAGAGAGAGAUGGAGAGAAUGCGGCAAGAGAGAGCGCGUUACCAAAGUACAAGCACUCUAGCUUCGUCCACCAACAACUCUGAACCUACUUCUUGCUACGCGGAGAUAGUAAAACUUGUCGCUCACAUGUGGAGGAGAGGGAAGAGAAGACUGAUAAAAAAAUAUCGUCUUUGGAAGUACAGAAGACAUCAAAAGAGGGAACAAAAACUCAGCAUAAGCAAUAACAACGAGGACAACCCAACGUCUGUGGGCAGUCCAUUGGCGAUGCACCCGUUCAAACCGCAAGAGGGGGAAAAGUUUAAGUGUACAGUACCAGCGACAGUGGUCAUUUCCCCCACUCCUCGACGGCAUCGCUCCCCACCACCGGAGGCUCCUCCUCCCACUGUGCCUACAAUAGAGGUGAUAGAAGACACGCCCCCGAGUCCCAAGAGGCCGUCCUUACUGCGGGUGCCUUCCUUUAAUAACGGCUCUCAUUGGGAACAGGAGAGUCACACGGGGGCUAGUCUUCUCAGUCCUCCAGGAACCACGAACCUCUCUCGACGCAGAAGUAGUGUGAUGUUCAACGACGUGGUCCUCCUGCAUGGAGAGAACACCCCGAAUGUUCAGCAGACAAGGAACGUGUGCUCCAGCGAGAAACAGACUCAGACCGGAGAAGGAGAUUGGCCUGAUAGUGAUUCACACACUGUCAUCAUCCCUUCGUCAGCACAACAUCAGACAUCAACUGCUGAAGCGAUGACUUGUCAGGAACUCUUGGCUCUCAGUGGAGCACUCAGUGCAGCUCUCCCUACAGGCCAGCUUGCUCUCGACUCUUUGUUCAACUCGCUCAGCAAAGGAGUUCUUCAACCUCAGAUCCAGUUUGCUACUAGCAUUGGAGCUAUGGAUCGGUCGGCCGUUGACUGGACAAGUUACGACAAGCCAAGAUCCAGUUGCUGCGGUUGCGGUCAUACCUGGUAUUGUGCUUUCCAAUGCGUCUACUCCGGAUGCGGCGCUGCCAGGAGAUGUGUACAGUUGCUUGUGGAGCACAAGUACUUCCAGCAAGGGAUCCUACUCGCCAUCCUCAUCAACACGCUCAGCAUGGGGAUAGAGUAUCACAACCAGCCAGAGGAGCUAACAGUAAUAGUGGAGACCAGCAAUAUUAUUUUCUCUGCUGUUUUCGCUUGCGAGAUGCUUCUCAAGGUGAUUUCAGAAGGCCCUUUUGGCUACAUCAGCAAUGGUUUUAACGUCUUCGAUGGCAUCAUUGUCAUCCUGAGUGUGAUCGAGCUUGGUCAGACCUUCCUAGGGGAACGGGAAGGAAGUUCAGGCCUCAGUGUCCUAAGGACCUUCAGACUUUUGAGGAUCCUGAAGCUUGUCAGGUUCAUGCCUAACCUCCGCCGUCAGCUGGUCGUCAUGCUUAGAACCAUGGAUAACGUCGCAGUGUUCUUCUCUCUCCUGAUACUCUUUAUCUUCAUCUUCAGUAUCCUCGGAAUGAACCUGUUUGGAUGCAAAUUCUGCGAACCAAAUAAUAACGGACAACAGACUUGCGAUAGGAAGAACUUUGACUCACUUUUGUGGGCGUUAGUGACCGUUUUCCAGAUUCUCACCCAAGAGGAUUGGAAUGUUGUCCUCUUCAACGGUAUGGAAAAGACAAGUCACUGGGCAGCAUUGUAUUUUGUGGCGUUGAUGACGUUUGGAAACUACGUCUUAUUCAACUUGCUGGUCGCCAUCUUGGUGGAAGGAUUCUCAUCGGAGAGGAGAGAACGUGAACAACGGGAGCUUGCUAAGGCUCAAGCCGCCGCUGCAGCCAGGAAGUACUCCGAGUGCUACAGUGACGACAUAUACAGCUCCUGUUCUGCAUCGGAGAGCGACAGUUUCCAACAGGAAUACAAAAACGAGUGGGAGACGGAACAUACUAGAAAGUCAAAGGACAAUGGGCACAGAGAAAAGGAGAACUGCUGGAAACAGAAACGGAAACAGAACAAUGGGCAGUGUGAAGCAAAGUGCAAUAUACAAAAAGAGAGUCAGAUGCUGGGAGCUUCUAGUGGAGUUGCUAGUGCAAUGCCCAUCAUCACACAUACAGCAGCAACUCCUCAAGACUCUCCAAACACGACUCUAGGCCAUUCUCAGAGGGAAUUCAACAACAGGCUGCAAUCAGCUAUUGCACUGUAUUCUAGCUCAUUGUCCAUAGACUCAAUUGACUGCUCUAUUUCGUCCCAGGGCAGUGGAUUGUUGAAACCUCCAAAUUUGACCAUCAAUAAUUUGAAUCCUCAGGGGCCGCAGGUUCGCAGAAGUUCGCCGGCCUCUAAUAUGCAGAAGAAGGAACCGCUUCCCUUAGCUCCAAGAUUUCAAAGGGGUUAUUCAUGGAAGAUUUCAAGGCCCUCUUUGAAGAGAAAGAUGAAAAGUUCUUCUGAACCAGAUGAAGAUCAAGAGGUGGUGUUGAACAACAACAACCACUUGCUGUCUGGAUCUCUUCAUUUGUCUGACCACUCCCACUGCAAUGGCGGCCUGCUGGGUAACACAAUCCGUAACAACACACAGUGUCGUAGGAACAGCUGCACUGCCAACAGACUCAGUCCUCAGAGUCAUAGCUCAAAAAGUCGACCUCCUUCAGGAUGUUGUCACACACCACAGGUUGCUUGGGUGGGAGGCAGUACAGCAGGUCCUCUCACCAGGCAGAGCUCUGUCAGCGGAGGAAGCUCUGGCAGUAAUCAGCUGCUUCCACCACAGGUGCCUGCCAUACAGAUCAUCAAGACUGGCUCCGCCCACAAUUCACACAUGAGCGUCGCCUCAGGUAGAGAUCUGAGCGUACAGAACCUCUCCGAGUGUUACGCUAAGCCACUCAACAAGCUGUCAGAUCGUCCAGCCUCCCCAGCGCCUCUUCCACGGGUCAACAAGAUACGAGAACCGACGGUUGAGCGAUUACCCAUGCCACUACCAGAGGAAGCCACUCAAACUGAGGACGAUCUCUCACCCGGGCUGCGGAAAGUCUUCUUCUUCUUCGAGGAAAAGGGGUGCCUUAAGGAUAGAGUGGACUAUUCGCUCUAUAUAUUUCCACCAGAACACCCGUGA